AUGUAUUAGGAUAAUUCUGAGGUAUAUGAUCAGAAUCAUGAUAGCAUUAUGAGUUCAUCAAUAGUAACCUUGUGAUUGAAGAGAUCCCAGAGGAAAUCGAAAAUGACAAAGUUAUAGUCCAAGAGGCAGCCGAUGAAAAUAAAAUCAAGGUGAUUCUUGUAAUGUAUGGUCACAACUACAAACUUAGGUAAACAAUCAGAAACUCAAACAAGAGUUCUUAAUUGCUGAUAACUUCUCCACUUUUACACAAGUUCUCGUAAUUUCCACCAUCAAUCAUAAUUGUUAUUACGAUGAUCCCUUCUUUCAUUACAUCCUUAUGAUGACCAAGGUGAUUCGCAAAGCACUCAGAAGAAUGUUGGUGCCCACUUGCAUUAAAACCAAGGAGGAGUUUAUUGUAUUGUUAAUCUAAUUUAGAGAUCAAACAAAAUAAUUUAUUUCAAUGUUUCUACCAAGAUAUCAACAUAGGAUUCAUAACAUCCACCGGAUAAAUCAAAUCUACAGCAUUCAUCUAUGUCCAUAAAACUAUUCGAGAUUUUGUAAUCAAGAAAAUUGUUAUCGACCAAAAACAAGAGAGGGUUAGGCUGUUAAUGCACUUUUUUAAAAUUGAAAAUAUCAUUAAGAUACCGUAUGUGCAGUAAGAUUAUAAAAACUAAUUCUUGAAAACUAAUAAAUUUAAAAAUGAAUUCAUAAUUCUGAGUGAAGAGAUUGAAACUCAUCAAUCCUUAUUUCAAGUUUAUAAGUUGGUGGAUGAUCAAAUUUACUUUGUAAAAAGAGUAAUCCAAUCAUAGCAUAUUAAUAGAUUCAUUUAAGAGCUAAUUUCAGUUCUUCCUUCAUGAAUGUGUUCAAUACCAAAGAUGUCUAUAUCAACAUAGCUAAGAUUUUGGCUUCACUUUCACAUCCUAAUGUUAUUAGAUUGUAUGAUUGGUGGAUUGAAAUAUUGAAUUUCUAACCUUAUUUAUUUAUGCAGAUUGAAUAUUGCAUCUACCCUAGAUAUUAAUGUUAGGCAAAAAAUUUGUUAAGUUAUUCCUAUUUUUAUAUGAAUCCUAUGCCACAUAAAUAAAAAUAGAAACACAUUCAAGAUAUUAUUUUAUAAAUAAUUUAAGCUUUGGAAUUUCUAAAAUUAAGAAAGAUUCAUCUAAUUGACUUAAAACCUGAAAAUAUCAUGGUGACCAUUACCGUCACUGGUGAUCUAUAAGUAAUCAUAUCUAUUCUACCUUAGGUUGUACUUGCAGACUUUAAUCCUUAAAUAACUAAUCAAAAAUAACAAAGCUAUCUGGAUUACACAUUUCAAGCUAUAGGCACCUUAAUUUUGCAUCUAAUUUUAACAUUCCCUGGAGACGCUACACUUAGAAACAAUUAUAUAACCAAAUUCUUGAAUUCUAAAUUUGAAGAAUCAUUUGCACUAUUAGAUUCCUUGGCAUAAAAAGUCAAAAAUAGAAAUCGUGAAUUUUCAUUCCAACUCUAUAAAAAUUUGUUGUUAUUGGUUAAAUCCAUCGUUACAGAUUCCCAUUUUCAUGAUUUCCAUGAAUUGAAAACGACUAUUGAAAAAAUCUAUUGA